UCUCAACAUAUUUUGCAUUUUUUGUAUUCCACUGAAGAAAGUUCCACAGGCUUUUCUUUCUACUUUAUCUAUCUCAGCUCAAUGGAUAUGCUUUAAUUACCUUGAUCUAAAUUUACAUUGAAAUGGCCGUAAUAUGUUUAACUUGUAAAUGAAUAUUGGGAAAUAACCGAGGUUUUGGCUUAGAAUAAGAUGCUUGUUUUGGAUUUAGCUGACUGCACAAAGGACGUUGCGUCAUGGGAUCAUAGCCUGCCUGGUACUUUACUGUUGGGGGUAAUUUUACUUUUAAUAAUCCUAAUACUUGUCUUGCCGUAUGAAUUGACUAAAAAAUGCAUUCAAAUAAAGUCCGUGGUGGGUAAUAUUUGCUAAACUUCGGCAGCAAAAUGAAACCGCCCUUCAGCGCUGUACUAAGGCGGAGGAGACCGAGUCGCUCUGGGGGAAAGGCAAGAGGAAAUGCCAUGCCAUCGCCCCGGUGCUCAAAUUUCCCUGCGUGUAGACUGUUGUUAAAGGAGCCGUUACCAAUUGAAUCGAGCUCUCUCUAUUUCUGUUAUGUAGUCAUUGAUUGUGCGAUAUGUGAAAGAACAGGUUGUUACAUUAGCCUUUGUUUAAUCGUCUCUGCCUGGAGCCUGAAACUGCUCCCACUCAAUGCCUCCUCCUUACCGCUCAUAUGUGGUAGUCACCGCAGCCUCCGCAGCAGCACAGAGACGCGACUGGCGUGGAUGCCUGAAAAUGUGCUAAAAGGCUUUUAGCCAGGACCCUUGAUUUUGGUGAUAUAGAAUAUGCAAGAAUGUGUUUCCCCACUCUUCUGGUGCUGAGAGCCCAAAGCCCUCCCUGACUUGAUUAACAUCAUUUUGGAAACAUGGCACCUCAACCACCUUCCAGCUUGGAGGAGCAGGAGGGGGAGCUAGAUGAGCCUGAAUCUGAGGGAGCGAAACAAGGACCAGGACCCCCUUCUGAUCGAGAUCGUCCAGCUACUUGCGAUGCCCCAGAUGGAGGCUGGGGAUGGGUGGUCCUGGUGGCUACCAUCCUUGUCUUAGCUCUGACCCUGGCCUUCCCCUCAUGCAUUGGCAUCUUCUACUUAGAUCUUCAGGAAGAAUUUAAAGCCAGUAACAGUGAGACAUCUUGGGUUCCUUCAAUAAUGACGUCUGUUCUGCAUGCCGGAGGUCCUCUGUGUAGUGUGAUGGUGGAGCGCUUCGGUUGCCGGGCGACAGUAAUGUUUGGGGGAGUGCUGAGUGGUUUGGGGAUGGCGGUCAGCUCUUUCUCACAUUCAAAAGUUGACUUAUACAUCACUACUGGGGUCAUCACAGGUUUGGGCUUCUGUUUCAGCUUCCAGCCCGCUGUCACAAUACUUGGCCACUACUUUGUGCGCCGUCGUCCCUUUGUCAAUGCGAUGUCCUCCACUGGUACUGCUCUGGGUCUGUGUACAUUGCCAUUUUUAGGUGACUAUCUGCAGAGCAAGCUGGGCUGGAGAGGAAGCUUUCUGGUGCUUGGUGCUGUCCUGCUCAACUGCUGUGUUUGUGGAGCCGUUAUGAGACCGCUAAGGCCUCGCAAUCGCAAAAAGUCAGAGAUGAUGACCAAGAGUCCCAGACCCCCAGGCAAAAAGGCAUGUGUGCUGGGAAUCUGUCAGAGCUUAGCAUCGUUCCUCAGAAAACACAUGGCCUUUGACCUCUUCUGCAGUAACCUGCGAUUCCGGGUGUAUUCACUGGGCAUCACUUGGAUGAUGCUGGGCUUUGUGGUGCCACUUAUUUACCUGGUCCCGUAUGCAUCAGCUCACAAAAUGGAUCCAAGCCGAGCCGCCCUACUUCUUUCCAUCCUAGGCUUUGUCAACAUCUUUGCGCGGCCUCCCGCCGGAGUGCUCUUCAGCCAUUCCUGGUUUAAAGGUCGACACAUCUACGUUUUUUCAUUCGCACUUCUAAUAAAUGGACUCAGUAAUAGUAUCUGCUGCAUUUCUCCUAGUUUCAUUGUGCUGUUAAUUUACGUGCUGAUAUACGGACUGUCCAUGAGCGUGGUAGGCUCACUGAUGUUCACCGUCCUGAUGGAUGCAGUGGAUAUGAGUCGAUUCCAGUCUGCGCUCGGCCUGCUGUCCAUCAUGGAAAGCGUCACACUGUUGAUAGGACCUCCCCUCGCAGGAGUGCUUGUGGACAGAACCGGACAGUACACAUACGUGUUCCUGGCCUGCAGCAUCUCAGUGGCCUUAUCAGCUAUUUUCCUGAUGGUUUCCUUCUACUGGCUGGACUCCCGUGAUGCAGCCCUGAAGAACAGUUUACCGGCGUCCGGGUCUCCAGCUAAACCUGCUGCAAUCAAUAUGUCCACAGACUGCCAGUAUAGCAGUGUGCCUACAGAUGGGGACAAGACAAAUAACCCAUCAUCAGAAGCAUAAAACAUCACAAAUGUAUGACCUGGAUCAGAGUUAUUUAUUUUUUUGUAAUUGUGAUCUUUAUCAGGUACAAAAAUAUGUUACCCCAUUUUUUGCUAUUAUAGAAUGUGCUGUUUAGAACUGUAUCAUUUCAGUGAGUGUCACAUCCUGGUUGUUUUAUGACUCACAUCACUAGUUUGCCUUAUACAGUAUAUAUGCCAUGGCGAAACAAUGUUAGUUAAACAACGUUAGUGCUUAAUUCAAGAAAAUAUUAGGAACCCUUCUUCAUUCCUAAUCUAAAAUGACAGAACAUUUCCGUUAUUUGCCCAGGGAAUUAAGCUAUUUGAAGUCAGGAUUUUUUUCAUAUCAUGCUUUUUAAUAUGAUUUUUCUUAAUUUUUCACCAGUUACACCUCUGUUCAUUUUGGGGUUUGUACGAUUUUUGAAAGAAGUUUCUUAUGCUCACUAUAAUGCUGCAUUUAUUUAAUAAAAUACAGUAGGGGCUAUAUAGUGAAAUGUUAUUACAAUAUAAAAUAACUGUUUUCUAUUUUAAUAUAUUUGAAAUUCACUCCUGUGAUUGCGAAGCCAUUACUCCGUCCAGAUCUUUCAGUAAUCAUUCUAAUAUGCUGAUUUUUGUACUCAAGAAACAUUUAUUAUUUCUAAUAAUUAUUCUUAAUAUUUUAGUGGAAACAGUGAUAUAUUUUUUCUGUAUACUUUGAUAAAUAGAAAGUUCAAAAGAAUAGCAUUUAUUUGAAAGAAAUUUUAGAUAUUUUGUAACAAAUGUCAUCAGUGUUGCUUUUAAUGCAUCUUUGCUGAAAGUCAUGAUUUCUUAAAAAAAAAAAAAAAUCUUACCAACCCCACAUUUCUAUAUUACACUGUGUUUGUUUUAUACAUAAUUUGUGUCAUAAGACCCAUGCACUGACAAACCUGGCUCUUGUUGGAAGAUUGUUGGUCUGAUGUCUCUACAAAUUCAGUAGGCUACUGUAUAAUAAAUGGAGAAAUUAGUUUUGCUGUUAUUCCAUGUGGGUCCUUAAAGUUUCUCAGUACAAUUUAGUACAGACCCUCUUUGACCCAGACACAUUUAAAACAAAUAAGUUGUCCUGUUUUUAGUGAGUGCUUGGGUAUGAGAAAACUUAAAUUUGUGCCUAGGGUGUUUGUUAGGUUCAAGGAUUUCACUGAAUGAGAUUGUGUUUGUACAAAGGGCCCAACAAAGGGCCCAUUGUUAUUGAGUGUCUUGAAUUAUUAUUUACUGCUGAACAGAACAAGUGUCACAUCUCACUUUGUGCUGAUUUAUAUGUGAGUUGCUCUGUUAUUGUGUUACUUUACCAAAGCAAAUGACCAACUUCUAAAAGCUUAAAGGGCUGUGAGCCCCUUGAGAGAGAGUAUAAUUUAUAUCAUGUGUAAUAUAAAGUUUUUACUAUAAAUAAAGAGUUUAUUUCUAUACUCAAUUUAAAUAUAAAAUUAAGAUGUAUGCAGAUGCUCUGCUUUUUCUUUUGCUAUCAAUAAACAAGCAGAAUUA